CUGCAUAAGUUCAGUCGGUCGUGCGCAGAAAUCAGCGCAUGACGCGUGCGUAUUAACCACAGAUAAAAUACGAAAGUAAUCAGUGGUAUGUUAACGCGUAUUGUUAAAUCCAAUAAAUGAAAUAUGUUUUUUUGUAAACGCUUUCGUUGUAUUUAAUUUUACAAUGAAAAUAAUUAUUAACUAUAAAAAUUAAUUAUUUCAAAUAUUUUAAAUUACUCCCUUUUUUUAUUUAAUAAUUUAGUAACGAUUGAUCUACGGUUUAUUUACGCACAGUUUAAAUUACGACGACAUUAAAUACUAUUUCUCAUUGAAGUGCAAUUUUGGACUAAGUAAAUUUAACGACGAAGGGUAUCAAUAAGGCAUAACCGACUUGAGCCAAUAAAAAUGACUAAAUUAGAAAAUUGUAAGGACAGUGCGCCGGAUCAGUUCUAUGGAUGCUGCUUGGCCAAACUUAGGGAAGGAAACGAAUCGCCGGAUCUUUUUGCAAGGUCAUGGAGCGGAAAGAUAUCACCGCUAGUAUGGCGUGUACCGAUAUUUGUAUGGGCAGUCAGUAUUAUUACGUGGUCCGUCGUCUGCUUCUGGGGACCUCGGGAAAUGUUCCUACUGUAUAUGACACAUUGGGGCCUUGUUAUGAUAUUUUUGGAAUCACUCUUCGGUAUAUUAGUGUGCAUUAAGGAACAUCGCGGACAUUUUAAAGAUCGGUCGCAAGGUCUACCUUGGUAUGUGAGGGCAUACUGGGUUUUGUACAACAUCACUAUCCCGCUGGCCUUUCUUAUUUCUCUCUUCUAUUGGGCUGUUCUAAGAGGAACGGUUGCCAACAUAAACUACGCACCUGACCCGAUCUUAGACAUAAUGUUACAUGGAGUAAAUUCUGUUUUGAUGCUGAUUGAACUGGUGAUGUCUCGUCAGCCGAGCCGUCUUCUCCAUGUGAUGCAGCCUCUAUACUUUUCUGGUGUUUAUCUACUCUUUACGCUAGCACAUUUUUUUGCCGAAGGACACGAUCCAUGGGGCAAUGCUUUCAUAUACCCAGUGAUAGACUGGUCGAAGCCAAUAGAAACGCUCAUAGUGUUGACUUUGACAGCAUUAUUCUUCGCAUUAAUGCAUAUAUUAACCGUAGGAAUUUCAACGGUUCGUGACUAUACUUUACAGAGGCUAUCCCGGAACAAAAGUGGUGUAUACAAUGAUGGAUUUGAGCCUUGAAAAACUAGAUCUCAGUGAAGCACUGAUAAGAUAAUGAAAUAAUUAUACAGUUGAUAUGAGUGUGACGGCCGAUGACUACUUUAGGUGUAAGGAAAUUAUUUGUGAUUGUUUUAUUUUUUUUUACAAUUAUUAUAAUUUUCACAAAUCAGAAUUCAGGGUUGGAAAUGAUUUCAAACUCUUCGAUUAUCAAUAAGUAAAUAAUGGAAACAAUUAUUUACUUGUAAAUAAGUAAUAUUUAUUUUGUGAUAACAUUAAUAUUGUAUUGUGUAUUAGAUCAUUGUGAAGUAAAAACACGUAAUUUAUAUUUAAAUUGCCUAUUACUCGAUAAGUAAUCAUUAUAUUAAGAAAUAAAAAGGGAUUUUAUGAUUGGUAAGAUGUGUUGUUAUAGAGUUAUAUAAGUUGUACAAGUAUGUUUAACUGAGGAUUGUAUGAAAUAAAAGCAUAUAUUUA